AUGGGAGACUCUCGCGACAAGUUGAAGCACUUGAUUCCAGGUAAGCUUGUCACUGAACACACCCAGACUUGCAAGCUAGGAGUGCACAAGUGCAGCUUGCGCGCCGUGCAGCAGGCAUGGUCGCUUUACAAGAAGCCAUGGCUGAGAGUGCUCUUGGUGGAAGGGGAGUCCAAGCUCGGCUGCAGCUUCUGCGCAAAAGCCGGUCUGGAGGGGCCAUGGGCCAACUUUGAACAGCUUCCGAGUGCCGUGCUGAAGAAGUUCAACUUAGAGAGGCAUGAGAAAUCCAAGGGACACAUGACAGCAAGUCAAGAUGAUAGUCUUGGCGCCGCCCCUAGCGAAGAGACUUUCAAGUCAAGUUUGCAGGCUAUGACCCAAGGACAAUCUGCGAGACAAGGUGGCGGAUCGUCGGACAAGAAAAGUCAAGUGCGGUAUGCCCUGUCGGAAGCAGUUUGCGCUCGCAACAGGACUUUGCUGGCAGACUCUCGCUGCAUCUCUCUGAUGAGAGACGAACGCAAAGGAAGACUUCUUGUGCGCUUCCGCGCUGUUCUACAGGAUUUAACCACCAUCAGUGGCGCGCUUGGCUUGCUGCCUGUGACAGGUUCUGCUGAGUCCAUAGCUGAAACAACUGCUGAAAUCAUGCAGAACUUCUGUGUACCAAUGCGGCAACCGCCCAGACAAAGCAAGGUAAGUGAGCAGCCAGUUGACUUAGAACUUCUACGGAAGAUUCAGGACAGGGUCACCAUGGUGGCCAGCGACGCUGCCGCCGCCGAACUUUUGGCGGGUGACUUAGAGAGAGGGCGCCGCGCGGCCGCGACCGACUUUCAAUCCAACUUUCGGAAUUGCAAGGUCGUCGGCAGGGACGCGGCGCAUGCGUCCACCCGGCUCCUGAAGCGACCGUUCCUGGCGCUCUCACCUGUCAAAAUCUUGGUUGACGAAUGGAUCCAUGGGUCUGAAAGCUUCGCUCAGAAGAUACACCACAGCCAGAUUCUCAGCCAGUGGUGGGCCAAGGCCGUCCAACGCCAAGAGGAUUCCGACUUGAGUGGAAAUGCCUGCACCUCCAUCAGUGCGGCCAAACAUAGGUUCUCGUCGUAUCUGAACCCGCUGAGCCGUAUAAUUCGGAACAUGCAAGCAGCUUUCAAUGUGUGCGGUAGGGUCCAAGCCAUGCGAGGUGCCGAGGCCACUUGGGCAAGCAAGCUCUGCCAAAAUUUCACUUCGUUCAAAGCAGCUUUGCUUGCAAUGAUUACCGACGCUGCAGCUAUCAGCGACGACUACACCAGGGGAUGUGACCGUGAAGACACUGACGUUGCUGAUUUGAACUUACGCGCCAGCCAUUUCGUCCUCUCGGCGAGGUCUCUCUUCGUCGACCGGAAGGUGUUGACACUACCCACUUUCACGAAAGAAUUCUUGGAUAGAAAAAGUCCAGUGACCAUUAUUCAGGAUGGAUGUGCCUUGGAAAUCAAAGUUUCGCGCCGAGACUUGGACAGGGCUUUUGCAAUCAUGGAGGACCCGGCGCUUGAGCCGAGCUUUGUUUGGGGGGAAUGGGUGGCUCUUGUGGAGGAAGUGGUGGCGCAUGAGUUUCCGAGUUGGCACUUGGCGGCAGCAUUUCAAAUCUUUCAUUUGUCCGACUGCGUCAGUGGCCGUGACUGCAGCGCAGAUGUUCUACGGAACUUGGAGAGGCUGGCCAAAGUCUAUUCGGUGCCUUAUGAAGCACUGAAGCAAGAGUAUGCUCGCUUGCUACCCAUUGCUGCGGCUUUGAAGAAGCAAGCAGGUUUGAGCAACAGAGAAGCAUGGAGGGAAGCCCUUCAUCGCACAAGCAGUCGGAAAGGCGCCCAGGCCACGGCCUUGAUACAAGUCCUGGCAGCUUACCUAUGCUGGACCGCAGCCACGAGUGGAGUGGAGCAACAAUUCUCGAAGCUCAAGAGAAGUCCUGUCGAACUGAGCAACGCCUCCGUGGACACAGAUCGCCGCCUUGCCAUUGUUGUUGGCGAUUGUCAGGCCACGAGCCCCGCAGUGCAACCUGAAGUGAUUCGAGCCGCUCGACUAAUCUACUCUUCCCUUUUAUCCAGUGGAAGGUCCCGCCCGCGGACAAAACCAAGGUUCGAUUGCGGCGUGAAAGCCAAAACGAAAACCGGAUCUUUUGCCGACUGGAACCGCACAAGAAAGAAAGCAGUGCUGGAAGCAGUGCGAAAAUGUCAAACACCUCCUCGGAAACCAGCCGAGCUGUUGACGGAGUCUUCCCUAAAGGAAAGAAAUUUCCAGAGAAAACACAGUCUGAAACGAAAGGCUGAGGCUUUGGCCGAUGGCUGCUUGUUGUCGGAUGAGAUCACCCAAGAGGUUCAGGAAGAGGCCCUGCGACUGACCAAGGCAAACCAAAAAGCUCUCAGUGGCCCAGCGUGGUGUUGCUCCAAGAUGGAAGGUGGCAAGGCACAAGCAGACCUGCGGGAAGCCAGACUCUUCGUGGUGUCAAACUUCAACAAUGUGGAAAGAAAAGUGCGUUUCAUGGCCGCUCUGAGUGGAUCUGUCUUGAUGUCAGCCUCAGCAUUGCUUGGAGGAGCAGGUGUCAAGCUGACGUUUCACCCGGGUCAGGACAUACACGUAGCAAUCUUCGUGACUGACACUUUCAAAGCCGAAGAGCCUUGCGUGACGAUACUUUUACGUGAAGCCUGCGCCCGUGGGUGGCAGGCAGUGAGGGCGGAAGAUUUGAAAGGCCGGGGGCGCAAGCCCAGUCUCCAUCUCAGGGGUGCGGGGGAGGCCAUCCCAGCUGGUUUCAACCAAACCAGGGUGAAAUGUUUUACUGCCGACGAAUUCUUGCGUUGGCUCACGGCAACUUGUCUCAACAAGCAGGCAAGCUCCCGUGUGAAGAUAGCAGCUCAGUAA